AUGGCGGCUAUUGAAAAUAAUGAAGAGGGCCUUUUUAUGGCCUGUUUUGAAGACGUUGCGGCAUUGUUAGAUAUUUGUGAAGAGCAAGACGGCAACAUUGAUCAAAAUGUUAUUGAAUCAGUAAUAAACCAGUUAGAAUCCGCUGUAAAAUUCGUGGAAAAUGUGUUGCCAUCUGUAAACGAAUGUAGAGAUGCUAUAUCUGAGGUUGGAAACAACUUGAAGCUCUUAUAUCAUGUGUGGUGUCGCAAACUACAAGAACUUUGGCAGAGAAGUAACACAGCCUGUACUCACUUGGCAGUCUUUUUCAUUAGUCAUCCUGGACAUUGCAUAAGUGCAGGACCAGGAAGGCCUAAAUAUAACAUUGAUGAAAAAGUUUUGUUAAACCUAAGGACUCUAGGCUUUAAGUGGAAAGAGAUUGCUCAACUAUUGUUGGUUUCACGUUGGACUAUAUGGCGCCGAGUACGAGAGCUGGAUAUUGUGGCAAGAACUGGGUUUUCGGACAUCAGAAAUGAUCAGCUUGAUGAUAUUGUAAGAGCUUUCAUGAAUGUUAGCAUUAAACUGUACAUUUACCAAAGUUAA